AAUAGAGUUGAAGAUAUCAAUAAGACUAGGUAAUUUUUUUUAUGUUCUAUAUGCUACGAUUUCCUAGGUUAUUAUUAGUCAAACCCAAAUAAUCUUUUUGUCGUUUGAUAUAUUCACAAACAUUUACGUGAAGAAUGUGAUCUAAGAUAUCAAAAGAGAAUCAUUCUGAAAAAAUCUACUUAUACAAGUUGUUUGGACUCUUUUAUUUAAGUAACAAUUAUUUGGUCCUACCAUCUAUUAAUCAACUAACUAAAUAUAACUGUAUGGUUACCUACCUAUAUUUCUUACGCCAAAUCUAAACCACUAAUAAAACAACUAUAUUUUAACCACUAAUAAAACAACUAUAUUUUAUUAGACAGACCAAACAUGUUCCACAAUAUUAUAGAACACAAUAUAUUUUAUAUCGAAGACACUAUACACUAUAUAAUCAAACACAUUGAGUUUUGCGAUACAUGGUCAUCUUUCAUGACAGUUAUAUGUACUAUAAUGUACUAUAAUCAUAUCACGUAUUGUAUCAUCUCAAUCAAUCUAAGAUUCCAAAAUAUUAUUGUUUAAAUCGUUAUAUACCAAGUUCUUCUUUAUUAGUCCACUCUCAUCUAUCAAAGAUAAAAUCUGUUUUUUUUUUAAAUCGGAUCAAGUUUAUAAUUACCACGUUUUCCUAACUAUUGUGAUAAUAUUGUAAAAUAUAAGUUAUUAAUUUGCUAGCAUAAAUUUCUCUAACCUGCUUUAACUGAAUAGAUUUUCGAAACAAUCUUUUCGAUAGGAUUUUAAAUACAUAAAAACUAAAAUCUUAGAAAAAUUGAUCUACAAGUUUCGUAUUAACUGGAUAAACAUUAUCGUUUGGAAAUUAUAUUCCAGUAAUAUUCCUUAUUCCUUCAACUAAAAAAUCAUAUCAGAUCUUCUUUAACUUCAACCCUAAUUAUAUGUACCCUACAAACACGGCGACCCCUCCUAUUAUAAAUGGUUGCUCGUGGUUAACCCCUAAGUUCAUGAAACAUAUCGAUACAAAACAAUGGCAAACAAUAUGCAGCUGUCUUUCUUGAACGAUCUCAAACCUCACAAAACUGCUUGGCGCAUUCAAGUGAAAAUCCUCCACUCAUGGAGAUUCUUCAUGAAAGGUGUUGGUGAAUCUAUGGAACUCAUCCUAAGUGAUGCACAUGGAACAAAAAUCCAUGCCUCGUGUAAGAAGACCUACAUGGCUGAUUUGGCUAAGCAUGUUCGUGUUGGUGCGUGGAGAAACAUUGAUCAUUUCUGUGUUUCUGGUGCUGGGAAUGGUGCAUAUCGAUCAACUGGUCACAAAUAUCGCUUGGCUUUUAUUCACAGCACUAAAAUAUCAGAGUCUACCCUACAUGAUGACAACAUGUUUCUUAACAUUGUUGAUUUCGAUUCAAUACAAAGUGGUUUGCUAGAUUCGAACUUUCUGAUUGAUGUUUUCGGACAAGUUUUAGACUUGGGUGAUCUCGAGACUAUUCAGUGUACUGGAGGUAAACAAAGAAAGAAGUUGGAGUUUUCACUCGUGAAUGUUUGUGGUCAAAGAUUAGCUUGCUGUCUAUGGGGGAAAUUUGCAGAGAAUCUCCACUCUGUUUGCCAAGAAACAGAAGGCAUUGUAUUAUGGCUUCUAAGAUUCGCUAAGAUUGGGCAAUACAGAGAAGUCCAGAUCUCCAAUGCUUUCGAUGCAAGUCAGCUCUUUAUCAAUCCUGAAAUAGCAGAAGCAGAUGAGUUUAAACAAAGAGAGACUGAUGAAUCCCAAGCUUUAGCAAUAUCAGAAUCAGAAGAUAACAAGCUUGUGUUGCAGAUUAAACGAGAUAAAUGGAUGCAAUAUCCACAAAAAAACAUUCACGAGUUGUUUGAAUCUACCCAGGAUGAAAUCCUAUGCAGAAUAGUGGCAACAAUAUAUGCCAUUGACACCGAUUGGGGAUGGUAUUAUUUUGGGUGCCAAGACUGCAACAAGAAGGUGUUUCCCCAUUCAAAAAUCGUCAAGAAGCUUUAUGGAAAGGAUGUUGUUACACAUAUGUGGUAUUGUGAAACAUGCAAAGUAAAAGUUAGCUCUGUCUCCCCUAGAUUCAAAAUUCAUUUGCUGGUGAAAGAUGAUACUGGCGAGUCAUCCUUUAUGUUGCUGGAUUCAAUUGCUAUUGGAGUUGUUCCACAAUCUGCUACAGAUCUACUGAAUGGUUCACUUGAUGAACUUGAAGACACUUCUUCAUUUCCGGAUGCAAUUACAACUUUGGUUGGACAGACUUUUAUGUUUGGAGUUUACAUUGAAAAAGAUGGUUCUUCUGGCGCAGGGGUGUCAUACAAAGUUGGUAAGGUUUGGAAAGACCUACGUAUGUUAAUGCUUGGUGAAAACUCAGAAAGCUAUUCUGUUCCUAACCAAGGAAUUGAGGCAUCACCUUUGCUUCUGGAGGCUCAAGGUGAUGAAAGUGUUUCUACCCCUUCUUCCAAACGAAAAGGAGACCACCAGGAACUACCAGAACUAGAAUCUACCUCCAAAAAGCAGAGCACUAAAGUUAUCAAAAUGGAGAAGAUACAGGAUGAUUCUUCUGAAUCGAGCUAAACAGUGAAAGUUUGUUUGGUUUGUAGGUGUUUUCAUGUUUGGUUUUUAU